AUGGGAACAUUCAAGGCUACGUUCAGAGCCAGGGAUAAGCAAACUCAAGCGCCCGUAUAUGUCGUCGAAGGGUCACAUUCAUCAUUACUGAGCUACGAAACGGCCAGAGAGCUCAUGCUCAUCGAUAUCGUACGAACAAUAUCCCAGAAGACAUCGGUAGACGCAAAAAGAGAAUUUCCUAGACUGCUCGGAGGUAUUGGGCGGCUGAAGAAUUUCCAGGUCAAGCUGCAAAUAUCGGAGGAUGUGCAACCCGUGGCGCGACAGCAUCGUAGAAUUCCCUUCCGGAUGAGGAAAGCGGUGGAAGCAGAGCUGGUUCGACUCGAGAGUCUAGACAUAAUCGAGCCGGUAACAGGACCCACACCGUGGGUUUCUCCAAUCGUUGUAGUCCCCAAACCACAUUCCAGUGGAGCGGUCCGAAUGUGCGUAGAUAUGAGGGAAGCCAAUAGAGCCAUUGGCCGAGUCCGCAAUGUGAUGCCAACCGUCGAGGACGUCAUCGGUAUUUUGAAUGGGGCAGCCUAUUUUUCAAAACUUGACCUCAACGAAGGUUAUCACCAGCUGGAGCUGGAGGAAUCAUCUCGUCACAUCACGACUUUCUCAACACACUGCGGUCUCCGAAGAUAUAAGAGACUACUCUUUGGAGUCAACGCAGGCUCCGAAAUUUUCCAAGAUGCCAUAAGACAAGUCUUACCGGAUGAAGACGGGAUCAUUAACAUCAGUGAUGACAUCCUAGUAUCCGGACGCACGGCAGAAGAACAUGACCGCAGACUUAGAUUGGUACUGAGGAGUUUAGAAGACGCGGGUCUGACCUUAAAUGAAAAGAAGUGCCUCAUGGGCACCCAGACUUUGAAGUUCUUUGGUCACGUCUUCUCGGCCAACGGUGUCAGCGUAGACCCGGAAAAGGUGGAGGCAAUAACGAAGAUGCCGCCCCCAAAGAACGCAGCAGAAGUGAAGAGCCUGUUAGGAAUGGUCAACUAUUGCAGUCGAUUUAUUCCCCGGUUGGCCGAAAUGGUAGAGCCGAUGAGAAGCUUAACACACAGCAAUGUUCAGUUUCGGUGGACCAGGGAGCACCAGAAAGCCAUGGACAAGAUCAAGCGAGAGAUGUCCCAGUCUAGGACUCUGGCGUACUUCGAUGAGGACAAAGCUACCUCCGUCAUCACCGAUGCAGGGCCUGACGGGAUAGCGGGGAUGUUGAUCCAGGAGUCCAAAGAUAGGAAGAGUGCCAACAUUUUGGCGUACUACAGUCGAGCGUUGUCUCCGGUAGAGAAGAGGUACCCUCAAAUCGAUAGAGAGAUGUUAGCGAUCGUGUCAACGAUCGAACGGUUCCGGGUAUACCUCGCAGGAGGCGACUUUACGGUAAAGACGGAUCACCUACCGCUUGUGUCAAUUUUACGAAACCCAAGUGCGAAGUUGUCGGCCCGGUUAGAGCGUUUCAGCUUAAGGCUUCAACACUAUGUCUUCGACAUUGAGCACAUCUCCGGCAAACACAACCCGGCGGACUACAUGUCACGACACCCGCCUGUGCCCAGCGGAGCGGGCGCGUCGGCUAGAGAAACUGAAGCAGUCGAAGAAUAUAUUUUAUUCGUCGUGAGGUCAGCCACGCCGAAAGCGCUCACGAUAAGUGACAUAGAGGAGGCGUACAAACAUGACCGGCAAAUGGACUUGCUGAUAGCCGCUCUUCGCACAAACGAUCAGAAGACUCGAGAGUUGCUGUGGCAAGAGCAAGCUUUGAAACCCUUCCAGCACAUUAGAGCCGAGCUGACGGUGACUGAGAGGAAUAUCGUUUUGAGAGGGACAACGCUGGUGAUUCCGGAGAAAGCACGGUUGAAAAUCGUUGAGUUGGCACACCGAGGUCACCAGGGCGUCGUAAAAACCAAACAACUGAUCCGAGAAAAAGUUUGGUUCCCGGGGGUCGAUAGGAUGGUCGAGACUGCCGUCAAGAACUGUGAGGCAUGUCAGAGAACGGUAGACGGGGGAAGAAUUUCACCGUUAAAGAUGACACCGCUGCCGGACGGCCCGUGGCAGUCCCUGGCGGCGGACUUCGCUGGUCCUUUGCCUGGCAACAAAUACUUACUGGUAGUAGUAGACGAAUACUCACGGUUCCCCGUGGUCGCAACGUUGUCGUCGCUGACUGCCAAGUCUGUCACAGGAAAGCUUAACGACAUCUUCACAGUGCAUGGGCUGCCUUACGUUCUCAGGACGGACAACGGCCCUCCCUUCUUUAGCAAAGAGUUCGCAGAAUUCUUGGACAACAACGGAAUUCGCCACCAAAAGACUACGCCACUGUGGCCGCAGGGCAACGGCGAAGUGGAGAGAUUUAUUAAGAACGUUAAGAAGACGGUGAAGGCCGCCGGGGUUCAGGGACAGCUAUGGAAGGAGGCGCUCAGCGAAUAUCUUUUGAAUUAUCGGGCCACGCCACAUUCAACCACCGCCGUAACUCCAGCGGAGCUCUUGUUUGGGAGGAAGAUUCGGACAAAGUUACCCCAACUGCAAGAGGCGCAACGCCAAGAAAAGCUACGGCAAAGAGACCGACUAAAGAAAGCAAAGAUGAAGGCCUACGCCGACGAGAAGCGUCACGCCGAGCCCCAUGAUUUUCAAGAGGGAGAUAGUGUCCUACUGAAACGGUCUUCCCCGUUGUCUCAUGAGUCGCAGUACGAGCAUCGUCCGUUUACGGUAACACGAGUUCAAGGUUCAGCGAUCACUGCCGAGUGUGGGAACAAGCGGAUUGUUCGAAAUGCCAGUUACUUCAAGCGCAUUCCCUGUCGACGUGCAAGUGGGCCGGACGAGUGGGACGUAACUGACGAUUUGACACGGACGUGGAAAGAACAAAGUGGACACGUGGAAACACCAACGGUGGAACAAGAAGCCCAGGAUGCUUCAAACGAGCCACAUAUGGAUUCCGCCUCCAAUUUGGCCGAGGAGACGCCGCAACUGGAAGGCAGGCGGUAUCCACUUCGGGGGACUCGUUCAAACCCGCCAAAGAGAUAUCAAGACUUUGUGAUGAAGUGA